AUGGCGAUCAGAGCAACCAUCCCUCUCCUCUUCCUCCUCGCAGCCGGUCUCCUCUUCGUGGCGGCCGUUGGGGCCUCCAGGAAGGAGGAGGGCAGGCGCGGCGAGCAAUGGGAGCAGCAUCAUGGGAGGGAGGAGCAGGGCCGCGGCCGUCGCGGCGACCGCGAACAUGAGGGGCAUCAGGAGCAGGACAGCCGCCGGCCGUACGUGUUCGGCCCGCGCAGCUUCCGGAGCAUCCUCCAGAGCGACCAGGGCUUCAUCAAGGCCCUUCGCCCGUUCAACGAGGAGUCCAGGCUCCUCCGGGGCAUCAAGAACUACCGCCUCGCCUUCUUGGAGGCCGACCCUCGCUCCUUCGUCGGGCCGGGGUACACCGACGCCGACGGCAUCGGCUACGUCGCUCAAGGCGAGGGAGUGCUGACGUUGAUCGAGAACGGCGAGAGGAGGUCCUAUACCGUCCGUCAGGGUGAUGCCUUCGUGGCGCCGGCCGGAUCGAUCAUGCACCUGGCCAACACCGACGGCCGGAGAAAGCUGAUCGUCGCCAAGAUUCUCCACACCAUCUCCGUGCCUGGCAAGUUCCAGAACUUCGACCUGUCGGUCGUCUCAAGCUUGAGCAAACGCGUCCAGAGAGCUGCUUUCAAGACUUCAGAGGAGCGGCUGGAGAAGCUGUUCGGGAGGCAGGGGGAGAAGGGGUUCAUCAUCCGCGCGUCCGAGGAGCAGGUCCGGGAGCUGCGUCGCCAGGCGUCUGAGGGCGGCCAGAGCCACCACUGGCCUCUCCCCCCGUUCGGCGGCGAGUCGCGCGGCACCUACAACCUCCUGCAGCAGAGGCCCACCGUCGCCAACCGCCAUGGCCGCAUCUACGAGGCCGACGCCCGCAGCUUCCAAGCCCUCGGCGACCAUGACAUCCGUGUCGCCUUCGCCAACAUCACCGCGGGCUCCAUGACCGCGCCGUACUACAACACGCAGUCCGUCAAGAUCGCCUUGGUGCUGGAAGGCGAGGGCGAGGUGGAGAUCGUGUGCCCGCACCUGUCGCAGGACAGCGAGCGCCACCAACAAGGCCAGAGCCAGCGCCACCAACAAGGUCAGACGGGCCGCGAGGAAGAAGAAGACGACGAGCGCGAGCAACAACACCAGCACCAAGGACGCGGCAGCGGGUCAGAGUCGGAGUCGGAGUCGGAGGAGCAGCAACAGCAGCAGCAUGAGCAGUACGAAACGAUCCGCGCGCGCGUGUCGCCCGGCUCGGCGUUCGUGGUGCCACCGGGCCACCCCGUCGUGGAGAUCUCGUCGUCCCGCGGCAGCAGCAACCUUCAGGUCGUGUGCUUCGAGAUCAACGCCGAGAACAACGAGAGGGUGUGGCUCGCCGGGAAGAACAACGUGCUGGGGAAGCUGGACAGUCCCGCCAAGGAGCUGGCGUUCGGCGCGCCGGCGAGGGAGGUUGAGGAGGUGCUCCGGGCCCAGCAGGACAAGGGAUUCCUCGCCGGACCAGACGAGCAGCAGGGGCAGGGGGAGGAAGAAUGGCGCCACCGCGGUCGCGGCGAGGAGGCCGUGGAGAGUUUCCUGAGGAUGGCAACCGGUGCUUUCUGAAGCUGCAAGACAGGUGA